UUGGAUUAGUAACCAGCGGUGAUGAGAUCAGCGGGAUCGGCUUUCGCGAGGGGGCACGGCGCUCCCCAGCUGUGCCGGCUCUCGCAUGAGGCGGCGGCGGGCGGCGCAGGGGGAGGCAGCGCGCACAAAGCCCGGUAGCCGCCGCAGGCCGCCGCCCCCGGGCAGGGCUCCCGGGCGGCCCGGCCGCCCCGAGCUCCGCAGCCGCCCGCGGGCCCCCGGGCGCGGCGCCCGCCUCGCUCCGAGCCGCGGCUCCCCCCGGCUCCUGUGGCCUCCCCGGGCAGCCGCAGGCGGCGGGAGCAGCCUCUGCUGGGCGGGCGCGCUCCGGGCGGGGGGCACGGGCUCCGAGCGCGGCGAGCUCGGCCACGGCGGCUCCCGAGUUUGUUUACUUGUGCUUCGCCUCUCGUCCCCGGUAUCUGCUCUCUGCCGGCAUAGCGGAUCGGUGGCGGUGCCGUGCGAGGGGUUUAUGCUAAUGUGCCUCGGUGUCUUGCUGCUGACUCCGGAUGUCCUUGGAUGACCGUCCUGUGCUUCAGUGACCCUGCCAGGGCUGAAGGGAGACUCGGUACUUCCCUGCAUCGCCAGGAUGAGAAAACUUCCCAGCGCCGUGCCUUGCUGCGGCCCUCAUGAGCAUUUUUUACUCUGAAAACAUUGCUGCUAAAAAACUCCAAACAGGAGGAGUAAAUCCACUCAGCUUGUCAGGUCACUGGCUCAGUGUAACGGCGCUUUCAUGAGGUGACAUUGGGCCAAAGUCAACUUUUCUUUCUCCUUUGUAAACCUGCAGCCAAGCAAUGGGCCAGAAAAUCUCAGGGAGCAUAAAGUCUGUGGAUGUGAGGGAGCCCCCUUAUAGACCCGUGAAACGAGAGCUGAGAGGCCCGGAUUUCUGCAAGCCCGCGCGCCUGGACAUGCUGUUGGAUAUGCCCCCUGCCAAGCUGGAGGUCCAGUACAAACACGCUUGGAAUAACGAAGAUCGCUCGUUAAAUAUCUUUGUAAAGGAGGACGACAAACUGACUUUCCACAGGCACCCGGUGGCACAAAGCACAGAUUGCAUCCGGGGCAAGGUGGGCUACACGCGGGGCCUGCACGUGUGGCAGAUCCACUGGCCCACGAGGCAGCGCGGGACUCACGCCGUGGUGGGCGUCUCCACGGCCGAGGCGCCGCUGCACUCGGUGGGAUACACGUCCUUGGUUGGUAGCAACAAUGAAUCCUGGGGCUGGGAUCUGGGGCGCAACAAACUCUACCACAACUGUAAAAACCAGCCCGGGGUCACGUACCCCGUCUUUUUGGAACCAGAUGAGUCUUUUGUACUCCCAGACUCCUUACUGGUGGUUUUGGAUAUGGAUGAAGGGACGCUUAGCUUCAUGGUCGAUGGACAGUAUCUUGGAGUGGCCUUCAGAGGACUAAAAGGGAAAAAACUUUACCCCAUAGUCAGUGCAGUUUGGGGGCACUGUGAAAUUACAAUGAGAUACAUCAAUGGACUUGACCCGGAACCCCUGCCUUUAAUGGACUUGUGCCGAAGAUCAAUUCGUUUUGCUCUUGGCAGAGACCGCCUGCAUGACAUAGAAGUUCUACCUUUGCCUCUGUCUCUGAAAAAUUAUUUACAGUACCAAUAAGAAAUCUAGAACCCUCUGGCCUCACAUUGGAGUUCAUCAAUGCAAAUGGCAGAAAAUUGUUUACAGCAAAAUAUAAAUUUUUGUGAUGGACACUGAAGUGUUAUUUAAUUUUUAAUAUAUGUAUUUUUUUCUGAACCAGUGAAAGCAGAUCACUGUGGGGGACUACUAAAGAAUGUGAAAACAUUGAUUUGAUUGAGGUUCAUGUGUUACCUGUUGCCUUUUGUGUUUACAGUCCUGAAGGCUAUAAUUCUCAUCUCUCAUACACUGAUUAGUUUUUCUUUGUUGCUUCUGGUAAAUGCCAAAAGAAAAUCUGACCUGCAAGAUUCAGUGUCCUGCAGGCAGACCAUUUUUCAAUAUUAUGUUUUUCAUUUUUUGUCCUCUCUCCUACACUUUACUCCAGUAAAUAAAAAAACAUUAGCAAAGGAAAAGUCUUUACAGUAACUCUUGAAAAAUAUUUAAACCUUGGUAUGCAGAGUUAUUGAGAGCUCUGUGUGUUCAGUGCUCAACAUAAUUAGGCCUAUAAUAUCUAAAAGCUCUAAUGUUUAAAAAAAGCAGAUUAUUGUCUAAAAGAAGAGAAUGUGGUUUUAAAACAUGGGAGGAAACAAAUGGUUUAUGUGUCAGAUCAGUUUCUGGACUUGGUAACAGUAAGGUGCAGUUCAUUGUUUUCAAGACCAAAUCUAGUCCCUCCAAAGUUCUGCAGUUUAUAACAAAGUGUUCAUUGUCCCAAGAAUUUAGGAUAUUCAUAUUUUAGGAAGCUUGUCACUUUUUUUUUUAAACAAAUUUAUAAUUUUUAUGUGGUAUGAACUCUAAGUACUUUGUUUUCUUUUUAAUGUAUGUGUGGUUAUAAUGUUUAUUUAUCUGUUUAGCGUCUGGAGUUCUCAUUUAAUUGUUUCCCAUCUUGGGGUGACUGAUUCUGGUUUUUUCCCCAGCUCCAUCUGAAAUGUAUCAGUUUUUCAGGCUCAUCCCUUUUUUUUAAGAUGCUGCUUUCUGUUUGUGUUUCUUACAUGUUUCAAGUUAUCUGCCUGAAUCAGUUAUCUAGUUUUUAAACUGGAAGUUGUUGUUAGGGCAGAAUGUCAAAUGUUUAGACUGAGCUGCCUUCAGCAUAUUUUAAUGUGAAUUUACUGAUGAAUGAGGAGAAAAUUUCUAAUAAAGUCUACUGUCCAAAGUAAAA